GUCCAGCGCGAACAGCAAACACAAACACACGCUAACGGGAUGAGCUUUAGUGUGCUCUUUCGUGGAUUUAAAUAUAUGUUUAACUGAACCACCACACCGCCAUCCUCACUGUCCAGGAUGUUUCCGCAAAACUUUCAUCCUCUUGUUGCGAAAAACCUUUACCAGGUAACGCCCUGGAAUCGUCGGUUAAAGACUUCUGAGUGUUGCUUCCGUUUUCGCAGUUAGUGAGCUCUAGCCAUGCACGCUCACCGACGGUAUAGUAUUGGUUUUACUGGAGCUCUUUACUGGAGCGUGGUGUAACGUCACUACCGGGUACCGAGAGGGAGGAUGGACAAAAAAAAAGCUCAAAAGGUCGAGUGCGGUGUGGUGUUUUCACUCGUGUACGUUCUCGUUCCCGCAUCAUCUUUCCAUCCAGCUGAGUAAGAGAUAGGGAAACAGUGAUACACUGGAGAAAGGGAGUCCUGUUAGCACUUUUGCAUCACUCUGCAUCACUUUUAUGCUCUCCAUGGUAUUUUUGAAAUCAGAUGUGUGUUGAUGUACUCGUUGCUCGCAACAUGGCGGCAGCUAAAGGAAACGUAAUUCACUGUAUCAUUCACGAAUGUUCUUCGUAUUCGGAAUCAUCAUCACUAUGUCCUUACGCAAGAAGUUACUCUUAAUUGUAAAUUUAAGCAAAAUCAUUAUGCACACAAACACAGAAAAAACACUCACACACAAUAAGAGAUGGUAAAAGGCAAAGGGGAUGUUACGAUUCUAGCUGUUGGUUUAUUUCCGAAAGGCUUGUUGUUACGAAAGCUCUUAAAGUUGAUUCAAAGCAUUGAAGUUCAAGCAGCUAAACAAUGAACAAAACUCAAACAAAUGGCUUACAGGAAACCAGCAGAAACCCGCAAACUAGAGUCUCAGAAACUGCAACUAUUAAGCAUCUACAGGACUGGAAAGAAUGUAGCGACAGCUCAACACAAACUAGCAUAACGUUAGCGUAGCACUAGAAAACAGAUCCAACCCAAGCUCUCUCGUCGUAGUCGAUUAGAGGAAAACUGCUGUGGAACGGACGUUCUUCAAAGUGAAAGCAACGGCGACAAAACCAACCAACCAACACAGAAGCAGCGAUAGAUAACAGAGUAGACAAAUCCAUAGCAUAGACGCUCCUAAUCGCCCACCAAACAUAGCGACAGCAAUAGCAAAACCAGAAGGAGAAGAGAAAAGAACCGUGGAACCGGUAACAGCUAGAUCCCUGAUCCGGGUGCUCUGUUGUUCCGGAGGACUGCUGCUAAUGCCGCGACCGAACACCCAUCGCCGGCAAGCGAGCGAGGGUGAUGAAAAUGAAGUUAUAUUUGUAUUCAGAUAUGCGGAAGGCUAUAACAACAUCGUGGAGUCCUUGAAAAUAUGGUAAAGUGAUAAUCUGCUGUUGCGGAAUGAAAAGGGCAGAACAGACAGACCAACCGU